ACCCUUAGUGGAUUAACUCUAUUUCAUUUUAUUAGCGCAAUUUUUGAAGGACCUGGCUAUCUUGCGUUAAAAUGGAUGCCGGUGGUCGCUGCGUAAUGAAAAUGGACCAUCAUUGUCCAUGGAUAAAUACAUGUGUUGGACAUUUCAAUCAUGGACAUUUCACAGCAUUUUUAGCGAGUGCGGUCGGUGGUUGUUGCGUAUCCUCGAUUAUAUUAAUUUCCUGGGUGGCAAACGUAUUAUCUCUCAAGCCUUUACCGUUUCCACCGCCACCAGUUUACACAUUGAUAUUAGUAGUAUUUAGUAUUGGUUUAUCAAUCGGCGUUGUACUUGCAGUAGGAAUGUUGCUAUAUUUUCAAAUGUUGGCCAUCAUAAGAAAUCGAACAGAAAUAGAAGACUGGAUUUUAGAAAAAUCCCGAUAUCGGCGAGAUGAUACUGAUACUAAAUAUGUACAUCCGUAUUCGAAAGGAUGGCACUUCAAUAUUAGUCAAGUUCUUACAUGGGAUUGCAUUCCUGUCGGUGAUGGUAUUACAUGGCCCGUUAUUGAUGGCUGUAAUCAAUAUACAUUAACGAGAGAGCAGCUUGCGCAAAAAUUAGAUAAACGGAAAAGAGCGCGUAGAUAUAGAAUUAUAAAAGCUACAUCAGGAUCAAAAUUUCCAAUUGGGCAUGGUUUUGGUGUAUUUUUUCAUCCACUUUGUACCGAUGAGCCUCGCAUUAAGUUGGACAUAGAUGAUAUUGUAGUUGUCACACGUUGGAAAAAAUAUUGGCUGUUUGGAGAAAAAGAACAGAAGGAUGGAGAAAAUACGAAACGUGUAAGAGGAUGGUUGCCGCGACCCUGUGCAGUAGAGAUAUGAUGAAUUUAUGUGUACAGUGUUACGUUUAAUAUUUAAUAAUCGACAGUGAAAGGAUAUCAUAUUAACGACUCGCGAAAUACAUAAUCAAAUUCAACAACUCGAUUAGUUGCAAGUUCUUACCAUAUCCAAUAAAUCAGUCAAAGAUAUGAAAUGCUAAAAAUUAUAUAUACAAAACGAAUAUCUUGCGACGAAAACUGUAAACGUCGUUUUGUCGAAAUAUAAUUAUUGAACAUUUUUAAA